AUGCCGGGGGGGUAUGAGGAUGCUGCUACGCCUGAUGAUCGCUCGGAGAGUAAUAUAAGGUAUGGGAGGAUACCGCAGCGUGUUCCGAGGCGGUAUAAGACUAUUAAGAAGGUUGAACUCUUCCAUGGGAACUUCGUACUCGACAACGCAGUACCCCCCAAGCUCCUAGACAUGUGCGCGAACCGCAACGAGCGCGAAUUCACACACAUGCGUUAUUCCGCUGCCACCUGCGACCCCAACAACUUCAAAGAUUCCGGGUUCACGUUAAGGCAGGUACACUACGACCCUCCUCGGCGUACGGAGCUGUUCAUCGUGAUGACGAUGUACAAUGAAGAGGAGGAUCUGUUUUGUAGGACUAUGCAUGGCGUUAUCAAGAAUAUUGCGCAUUUGUGUAAGCGGGAUAGGAGCAAGACGUGGGGGAAGGAAGGGUGGAAGAAGGUUGUGGUUUGUAUUGUUAGUGAUGGACGGGGGAAGAUUAAUAGUAGGACUUUGAGUGUGAUUGCUGCUAUGGGGGCGUAUCAGGAGGGUAUUGCCAAGAAUAAAGUUGGGACGAAGGACGUUGAGGCUCAUAUCUACGAGUACACGACCCAAAUCUCCGUAACACCCUCCAUGAAAAUCGAAGGCGCAGAGCGCGGAACCGUCCCCGUACAAAUCAUAUUCUGCCUCAAAGAGAAGAACGCAAAAAAAAUAAACUCCCAUCGGUGGUUCUUCAACGCCUUUGGGGCGAUCCUCCAACCUAACGUGUGUGUUUUGUUGGAUGUGGGGACGAUGCCGGGCCCGACGUCGAUAUAUCAUUUAUGGAAGGCGUUUGAUAUUAAUUCGAAUGUGGGAGGUGCGUGUGGGGAGAUUGUGGCGCUUAAGGGGAAGUAUGGGCAGAAUUUGAUUAAUCCGCUUGUUGCGGCUCAGAAUUUUGAGUAUAAGAUGUCGAAUAUCCUUGAUAAACCUUUGGAAUCGGUGUUUGGGUACAUCACGGUGCUUCCGGGUGCGUUCAGUGCGUACCGGUACAUUGCCCUUCAGAAUGACUCGGUGGGAGAGGGGCCGUUGCAGAAGUAUUUCUUGGGUGAAACGAUGCACGGUGCUGGCGCCGACAUUUUCACUGCUAAUAUGUAUCUUGCUGAAGAUCGAAUCCUGUGUUGGGAGUUGGUAUCCAAGCGAGGGGGAUCGUGGAUCUUGCACUACGUCAAAUCGGCGUAUGCUGUCACGGAUGUUCCGGAUCAAGUACCAGAGCUGAUCUCGCAGCGAAGACGCUGGCUUAACGGUUCUUUCUUCGCGGCUGUGCAUAGUAUCUUCCACUUUCACUACCUCUACCGGUCCUCGCACACCUUUAUGCGCAAGUUUUGGAUCCACGUUGAGAUGUUUUAUCAGGUGUUUAAUCUCAUUUUCUCGUGGUUUGCUUUGGCCAACUAUUACAUCGCGUUCAACAUCCUCUCGGACGCGAUGGAAGACCCGACGUUUAACCUCAAGGGUAUACAUAUCUUCAAUGUCGUGAUUAACUAUUGUUACCUUGGUCUUCUGCUCACGUGUUUCAUCUUAUCGCUUGGGAAUCGACCGCAGGGAUCGAAGUGGGGUUAUACCCUUGCUAUGAUUGGGUUUGCGUGCAUUACGGUUUAUAUGACGGUUGCCGCCUUUUUGUUGGCGUUCAAGGGGAUAUCGAAUCUAGCGGCUUCAGACCAUGGAUUGAGCCUUUCGAGUGUGUUUACUAACCAUAUCUUUCGAAACAUCGUUUUGUCGCUUUUGGCUACGCUAGGGUUGUACAUCAUCGCUUCUCUUAUCUUUUUCGAGCCCUGGCAUAUGAUCACGUCCUUCAUACAAUAUACACUCAUGUCGCCUUCGUACAUUGCCGUUUUGAACGUCUACGCCUUCGCAAACGUACACGACGUCUCCUGGGGAACCAAAGGCGACAACAAAACCACACCCGAUCUAGGCGCCGUCACCACCACCAAGAACAAGAGUGAAGUCGAGGUGGAGGUGCCGACGAGCGAGAAGGAUAUUAAUUCGUUGUAUGAGGAUGCUAUACAUGUUUUGCAGACGAAGCCGCCGAAGCAGGAGGCCAAGGUUGAUCCGUUGACGGCGCAGGAGGAUUAUUAUAGGUCUUUUAGGACAAAUGUUUUGCUUGCUUGGACGCUUUCGAAUGUGAGUUUUGUUUUGUUUCUCUGGUCUACGAGUGGCGCGAAUAAGGCUGUGAAUGGAUACAUGGCGUUUUUGUUGUACUCUGUUGCUGGGCUUGCUUUUGUGCGUUUUGUGGGGUCUACGACGUAUAUGAUCGUUCGGCUGUUUGCUGGGGAGUAG